GAACAAUGCAGCAGGGAUAACGGUAUCGUGUGCUCUGCCGUACGACAAGCUUUUUUUAAAAGUUUGUCCCCGGUUUGCCAACUCUACCUAUCGUUUAAACCAAAGUUUAAACAUAAUAACAAUAACCGGCGCUAUCGCCAUGUUACGAUCCCUGCCUCGCCUGUCUCUCCCAUUUACGAGUGCCGGCAUCGGUGGCGAACGAUUAGUUUGCAAUAGUACGUCGACCGUCGCCCUUCUCGGACGUUGCUCUUCACCUGGUGAUACCUCAGGCUAUCGACAAGCCCAACGGGAUUUUGCCUUAUUACAACACUCCAGAAGCUUCGCCUUCACUUCAAUAGCAAUGAGUAAAAUCAAGGCUGGACCCGUCGUUGACAUCCUUGGAGAUGAGAUGACGCGGAUAAUUUGGGAUUCUAUUAAAGAAAAACUGAUCCUACCAUUCCUCGACAUCGAACUACAUAUCUAUGAUCUUGGAAUGGAAAACCGGGAUGCGACUAACGACCAGGUGACUGUGGACUGCGCAGAGGCCGUAAAACGGUAUAAUGUGGGUAUAAAAUGUGCAACGAUAACCCCUGAUGAGUUGAGAGUGAAAGAGUUCAACCUCAAAGAGAUGUGGAAAAGCCCCAACGGAACAAUCCGGAACAUUCUGGGUGGUACGGUCUUCAGAGAGGCCAUAAUCUGCAAAAACAUUCCUCGAUUAGUCACUGGUUGGAAUUUGCCCAUCAUAAUUGGGCGUCACGCUCAUGCUGACCAGUACAAAGCUACUGACUUUGUAGUCCCAGGAGCCGGUAAACUGGAAAUUACUUGGACCGGAGAAUCGGGUGACAAAAUUCAGCACACCGUCUAUCAGUUCAAGGGAGCAGGCAUAGCUCAAGCCCAAUUCAACACCGAUGAGAGCAUUCAGGCUUUUGCUCACAGUUCUUUCCAGUAUGCUCUUUCUAGGGCUUACCCUCUGUACUUGUCGACCAAGAACACAAUUCUCAAGAAAUACGAUGGAAGAUUCAAGGAUAUAUUCCAGGCCAUCUAUGAGGCGGAAUACAAGUCUCAGUUUGAGGCAAAAAAUAUCUGGUAUGAACAUCGUCUCAUCGACGACAUGGUAGCAUACGCCAUGAAAUCAGAGGGUGGGUUUGUCUGGGCAUGUAAAAACUAUGACGGAGAUGUGCAGUCUGAUUCCGUUGCUCAAGGGUACGGAUCUCUGGGGCUCAUGACCUCUGUGCUCCUCUGUCCCGAUGGUAGAACUGUAGAAGCAGAGGCUGCGCACGGAACUGUAACUCGUCAUUAUCGUCAAUACCAGCAGGGUAAGGAAACAUCGACGAAUCCGAUAGCCUCGAUCUUUGCUUGGACCAGAGGUUUGUUGCAUCGGGCUAAGCUUGACAACAACGAAGAGCUUAGAAGGUUUGCAGAGACCCUAGAAAAAGUGUGCGUUGAUACUAUCGAGGCUGGAAGUAUGACCAAGGAUCUUGCGAUCUGUAUCAAGGGUAUGAAUAAUGUUCAACGUUCAGAUUAUAUGGAAACCUUUGAAUUCAUGGAUAAGUUAGCUGAGAACUUGAGAAGAGCCCUCGCUGCGGCGUGACUGGAAAAACAAAGACUUGCCAAUGCAAAGAAAUCCAAGCUCUGAGGAUUUCAUUUCUGUAUUACCAAGUAUAAUUACCCGACUGCCUAAGGUCGGUGACUCGAGGGGUCACGGGUUAUGGAAUAUAUGGUCUUUCUAUUUUGAUUAUCAAGCAUUUGAUACCACUAUCAAAGUCUUUUUUAAUUACAAAUAAUAAACUAUGUUAUUCGUGAUAACAUCUGUUAUUAAAAAAUGUAUCUUUCAUGAAA